CCAAGAAAUUAACAUUCAUAUAUAUAUAUAUAUACAUAUUAUAGAAUCUUUCUUCUACUUUUAUGCCAUGUUGAUUAAGUGAAGCAAGGUACAAAAAUUUCAGCUAUGUCACUCCAAGCAGUCCAACUUACAGUGCAUGAUCAUUAUGUUGUUCUUGAUAAUGGUAUACUUGAAAUCACGAUAUCGAAUCCAGAUGGGAUCAUCACAAAGAUAAAGUACAACAGUUUAGCGAAUUUGCUUGAAGAAACAAAUGAAGAAGACAAUAGAGGGUAUUGGGAUCUAAAUUGGAGUGAUGUUGGAUCAACAGGAACAACAGGAUAUUAUGAUAGGUAAUAAUUUUAUUUAUUGAUUGAUCUCUAGUCUUUAAUUCACUCAUCAAUAAUCAUCAGCUACUAAUACAGUGAUUUUACUCUUAAUAUACUGUAUUCUAUAAGAUUAUAACUUGUUACUAUGUCUAUGAUGAUAAAAUGCAGGAUUAAAGGAACAAAAUUUGAAGUUGUAGUAGAAGAUGAAGAAAUGGUGGAAUUAUCCUUCACAAGAACAUGGAACUCUUCAUCUAAAGACAAACUUGUGCCAUUAAACAUCGACAAAAGAUUCAUAAUGCUUCAGGGAUCAUCAGGGUUCUACUCCUAUGCUAUAUAUGAGAAAUUGAAGGAAUGGCCUGGAUUUAAUCUUCCUCAAACAAGGGCUGUUUUCAAGCUUAAUAAGAAAUGGUUUCAAUAUAUGGCUGUAGCAGAUAACAGGCAAAGAAAAAUGCCACUUCCAGAUGAUCGAUUACCAGAAAGAUGCCAAGUUCUAGAUUACCCUGAAGCAGUACUUCUUACAAAUCCUAUAGAACAAGAAUUUAAAGGAGAGGUGGAUGACAAAUACCAGUAUUCAUGUGAAGAUAAGGAUCUUAAAGUCCAUGGAUGGAUAUGCACAGAUCCACCUACAGGAUUCUGGCAAAUAACACCUAGUGACGAAUUCCGAACUGGUGGCCCCUUCAAGCAGAAUCUUACCUCUCAUGUUGGCCCUAUCAACCUUGCUAUGUUUAUGAGUGCCCAUUAUGCUGGGGAGGACAUGGUGGCAAAAUUUGCACAAGGUGAGGCAUGGAAAAGGGUAUUUGGUCCAGUUUUUACCUACUUCAAUUGUGUGCCCAAGGAACUUGAUUGCCAAUGUUUGUGGGAGGAUGCAAAGGACCAGGUAUUGGUAGAAACAGAAAAUUGGCCAUACUCUUUUCCUGCUUCUGAGGAUUUCCCAACUUCUGAUCAAAGGGGUAACCUUACUGGUAGAUUACUAGUUCAUGACAGGUAUACUUGUGAUGAUUCUAUGCCAGCAGAUGGAGCAUAUAUAGGCUUAGCUUCUCCUAAUGAAACAAAUUCUUGGCAACUGGAAGGCAAGGGUUAUCAGUUUUGGACAACAACGGAUGAGGAUGGCUAUUUCUUCAUAAAUGAUAUAAGAGCUGGUGAUUAUAAUCUUUAUGCUUGGGUUCCUGGCUUCAUAGGAGACUACGUAUGCGACAACCAUAUUUCUAUAAAUUCAGGUGAUGAGAUUGACAUGGGGGAGCUUGUGUAUGAACCUCCAAGUGAUGGGCCAACACUAUGGGAAAUUGGUGUUCCUGAUCGAACAGCUAGAGAAUUUUAUGUACCUGAUCCCAACCCAAAGUAUGUCAACAAACUCUACCUCAAUCAUCCUGACAGAUUUAGACAGUAUGGUCUAUGGGAAAGAUAUGCCGAAUUAUAUCCUAAUGAAGAUCUAGUCUAUACAAUUGGAGAAAGUAAUUACCAAAAAGAUUGGUUCUUUGCUCAAGUCACAAGAAAAAAGGGGAAUACGUACCAAGGAACUACAUGGCAAAUCAAGUUCAAACUUGAGGACGUGAACCAAAAUGGAGUCUAUAAAUUGAGAAUUGCACUUGCAACUGCAAACCUAGCAGAAUUACAGGUUCGAGUAAACGAUGCAAAAGCAAACCCUCCGGAAUUCACAACAGGACUAAUAGGGAAAGAUAACGCGAUUGCAAGACAUGGAAUUCAUGGACUUUACAGACUAUUCACUGCAGAUAUACAUGGAACUAAGCUUGUACAAGGUGAUAAAUAUAAUACAAUCUAUUUGACUCAAGCAAAAGGUGGGACUCCUUUUGUUGGUAUCAUGUAUGACUACAUUCGUCUUGAAGGACCGCCAGAUACUACUGAUGAUUAAAGUCGAAGUUUGUAAUUAGGGUUUACUCCGUAUUUCUUUGAGAUGUAUACAGAUAAAUGUAAGGACGAAAAUUAUGUUUAAUGUUGUUUAUGCCAUGCUAAUUUUCUAAUUAAAGUUUAA